UGCAUUUGUCUGAAUUGAAAGCCAUCAACAUUGCUUGCAUUUCUGCCUUCUUCGCAGAAUACAUUCGUUCGCACAGGACAAGUCAAGAUCUUCAUGGCCACUUGCGUCCAUACAUUGACCCUCUUCCUCUUCUCUCCUCUUCUCUCCUCUUCUCUCCUCUUCUCUCCUCUUCUCUCCUCUUCCCCUUUGCCUCUUCCACCUCAGAAAGUGCUGGUCGCAAAACUCGAGAAACAUGUUUCGGAAUUGCGAUGCAUCAGUAUGUCAUCCCCCUGUGUGUCGUGCGACGCAGAAGGGGGUUGCAGAGUACCAGAAAGUCUGUUGGUGUCACAAGAGAAACCAGCUCAAGUGACAAACGCUCAGACAUCUGCAUCUCUGACAAAGAAAAUAAAGUAAAAACCAGAAAAACGCAUUGGCAAUGGCAAUCGUAAAUGGCGGGGCGUGUGUCGUAAUGAACGUGACUCGUCA